AAUCGGAGCUGGGGGUGGUGGCUGUCCCGGACUUACUCGUGAAAGUUUGCUCAGCAACAAGAAGGCGAAACGUCGCCAAUUCAUAUCUAGCGCCGCCGUCAUCAUCAUCGAUCCCCCGCAAUAUAAAGUAGUUCUUUCUUUUUCUUAAAGCUUCGCAACAGCGAGAGCCGCGAAUUCAUCGCUCGUCCGGCGCGUUUUAAUUUAGGCAAAGAAGCGCUGCGUUAAAAAAGAAAGAAGAGACACCUGUUUUUUGUUAUGCGUUUCUGUUCUUCGUCUUCAAGGCGGAAAGAAGUCCGUGGACAGUGGCGCCGAAUGCACCACCGUGGGAAGGAGUGAAGAGUCGUGGCGCUUGUGGUUUUGGCGGUGUCACGGGCACUACGAUAAAACGAAGUGGAACUUUGGACAGAAGUUGAGGAAUUCUCUCACGGCAAGACAACCUUGGGGCGCUCGGAGGCGUCGCGGGCGGUCGCGGUUUGGAGGCGAGCGGCGGCAGGAGGGGGAGGUCAAGGCGGGACAGGGGGCAAGACAAGGGGCAGGGCACGGCAAGGGAGCAAGAGAGGAGGGGGCAGGGCAGGUCCCCGGGCCAUGCGGCUCGUCGCGGCUAUGUCUGGCCCAGGCAGCGGAGCCAACUCGUACCUCGCUCCCAUCGCGGAGCACCAGGGGGGCCCUGCGAGCCCCGAGACGCCCGGGGGGGCGGCGCGGGACGUGCGCAUCGCGGUGCUGGGAGCCGGGGGAGUCGGCAAGACCGCGUUGGUGGUGAGGUUCCUGACCAAGCGUUUUAUCGGGGACUAUGAAGCCAACACCGGUAACCUUUACACAAGGCACGUACAGGUGGAUGGAGAGCAGCUUCUGCUGCAGAUGCAGGACACACCUGGAGUCCAGGUCAUCGGCGACACGCUCUGCUGCCACGAGGUCGUGUCGCGCUCCUUCCUGUGGGCCGACGCGUUCGUGCUCGCCUUCUCCGUCACGGACCGCCAGAGCUUCCGCCACAUCCGCCGCCUCUACGAGUGCAUCUGCCACGCACGGGGCCAGCCCGCCGCCGUGGCCCCCUCGCCCGGCGCGGGCCUCCCGCAGGGCCCCGUCGUGGCCGUGGUGGGCAACAAGACGGACCUCCUGCACGCCCGUCAGGUAGACGCGUCGGAGGGCUGGCACCUCGCCAACGAGCUGGGCUGCGCGUUCUACCGAGAGGCCUCGGCCGCCGACAGCUGCCACGGCGUCGCCGAUGCCUUCCUGGGACUCUUCCGCGAGGUGUGCAAGGCGCAGGCGGCCGGGAACGGGGCCCGUAACGGCGGCGGCGGCGGCGGUACCGGCGGCGAGAAGAGGAAAGCCAGCCUCGUCAUCCCGCGGCCAAAGUCGCCAAACAUGCAGGACCUCAAAAGGCGCUUUAAGCAGGCGCUCACCUCCAAAGGCAAGAUGGGAUCGUCGUUCUGAGGUUGGCCGUACGAGGAGAGACUGCACGCGAUGAGACUCGGCCCAGUGCCACUUUUUUGUACAAAGGAAUUUCCGAAGCUGGGACGAUUGCUCGUCGGCUACGCUGAAGAGGUCACGUCCGUGGCUUUGUGCUGAGAGCAGGAAGAAAGGAUGUUGUACUUCUUGUCAUAUAAGGAAGUUUUUGGCAUUAUGGUGUUCAAACCUUUGGGUUGGAUUUGUUGAAAAGUUUGUUCUGAUGUUAAACAUAGGACUGGUGUAUAUAGUUUUGAUGAAAACCCGAAAAAAAUUACUUUCCAUUACUCCAUCUCUGACCUUUACGAUGCUUAUAUUGGCUGUCUCCUCAUGCGAUUUAAAUCAGACGCAAUCACUCGAUUGAGGAAACCGUGACAGUUUAAAUGUUGCACAGGCCAAUGUUAGGGAACACUUAUGGGGCAUUCUUUAGUAGGUUUACCUGAAGCAUCGACACACUGGUGCUUCGAGUUUAAAAGCUGAGUGCGUGCACACAAGUGCAGGGUGAGUUUACAGCAUCGAAGAAAGAACCCAUGGCCAUCGCAAGAUCAUUAGCCAAACAUUCUAGGAUUUUACUCCCUUUGCGAGUAUCUCAGUUGUUGGCAAAGUUCAUUGUGGGUGGCAAACAGCGUCCAGAUUCAUCUUCUUGGUUCUUUCGGUAAAGUCACGUAGAAGGGAAAUAAUAAAAUAAUAAAAAUAUAACAGAAUAAAAUACAAUUCUCACGACGUUUCGGCCUCAACGCAAGCAGCCGUUCUCAGGUGAAGAACAGGGCUGUCGGAAAGACAGCGUCCGGACAUUCGGACGCUGUCUUUCCGAAACGUCGUGAGAAUUUUAUUUUAUUAUGUUUUAUUUUAAUUAUUUUAUUAUUUCCCUUCUACGUGACUUUACCGAAAGAACCAAGAAGAUGAAUCCCUGCAGUCACGAAAGCUUUAAAUGGAAAUUUAAAGCGUCCAGAUUUUGAGAAAGUACGUACGGAUAUGAUCCUACGUUCAUUGCAAUGCGUGCGUGUAACUUAAUUUAAUAAAAUAGUGCCAAAAUAGUGAACUUUUCAUGGAUACAAAAUAUUGACGCACAGAUGAUCUGAUUUCGUUUCGGAAACAUUUUGUCGUGCAGUGUUACGUUUCAAGCACGUGCUAUUUUUGGUUAGUUUACAUACAGCUUCGAGCAGUAAGUGCAAGCACAUGUUCUAAACAAUAAUCUGACUUUUUUGCUCCCUUUUAUGGAGAGCAGUGCGCUAUAGCAUGAGCUUAUGCAAUAUUGGUACAAACCCCCGGCCUUUUUAGGGAGGCUAAGGAAGUCAAAGUAGAUUGUAGAGCUCUCGUACCAAAUGCGGGGACUCUGCUAUUGGCUUGGUGUUGCCCAUCGUGUGCGCAGUUUCUAUUUUACGCGCACAAGCAAGUUUGUAUUGGUAAGCUGGUAAGGUUGCCUUAACGAUCAUACAAACGUCAAGGAAUCCGGCAUAUAUAUAGCAGACUUUCCGCAGGUAAUCUAAAAUGCCUGUGAGGCUGUGGGGGCGGGAGGCAAAAAGUUGAAUUUGGCCAUUUUAAUAUGGGGGGAGGGGGGGGGGGGGUUGGGGAGAGGGAAAAUUGAUCAAUAAUUGGUUGGUUGUGUACACCCAAUAAAAUGUUUUUUGUUAUUGAAUAUAAACUAUACACAUUGCACUUUUGUGAGGUACGGAUGCUUGAAGCAAGUUUCUGUGCAUUGUGUGUGCUCUUCUGCUACUCCUUGUCUAAAUGUUUUUUUUUUUAAAGGACAGUGUGUUAUUUAUAAAUCAUGGCCCGAGUGAGGGUGUUCUUUUCACAAGACGACGAUCCGUUGUGGAUUUUUGAAGGAAAAAAAAAGCAAGCACGUUUUUGUUUCGUUGCAUAUUCUAAUAAUUCUUCUGUAAAAUAUUUCGAGAGAGAGUUUUUUUUUCUAAACACAUGUUUUUGUAUAGAUUUUGUACGGUAUGGUUCUAUAGCAACACGAAAUCCUCGUACAGUAUUUCGUUUUUCCCCCCCUCUCAAAAUCACCUAUCACUCUUUCCGUGUGUACUUUGUGAGCUCCUGAAUCGGCCUGUGUUUGUCUCGAGGGUCUCUGUGUAUGCUUUUGUACGUUUUUUUUUGCGCGCCGCUCGCCAAUGCUUCCUUUUAAAAAGUUUUCAUUGUGGGUGCGCGUAUGUUCGGGUGCGCGCGUGCGUGCGUGCGUGUGUGUGCGUGCGUGCGUGUGCGUGCGUGCGUGUGUGUGCGUGCGUGGGUGGGGAGCGGUGGCGCGCCGUCCUAUGAACCCGGCCACCCAAGUUCGAUUCCCGCUCACGGCCAACACCGGUGACGAUUAUCUGAACCGGUCCUGGGCCUCCCCUAGGUCGACUCGGCCUCAAAUGAGUCCCUGUGCGCUGUGUAAACAUCGCCACUGUGGUGAUAAAGGCGGCCGGGCGUGGUCCCGGCCACCCACCUCCUUGAGUGCCGUGCCGGCCUUCUAUGGUGCUCGCUAACAGCACUUGCCCCUACAGUCUGUUAAGUUUGUACGGGGGACCUUAGCCUACGCGUGUGCAUGUGAUUUUCUUUCCACCCCAUUCUUGCAUAUGGUCCAAGUUGCCUGCCCUUGUCUGCUGAGCGAGAGCCUGUUUAAUAAAAACAGCUGUUAACUUAAACUACUGCUGCCUUAUUCAAGUUCUUCCCCCCGCGUUCGACUCCAAAAGUCAAGAAAUGCGAUUCGUAACAGAUCCAUGCUCCUUUUUUUUAAAACGCUGCCAAGUACAAUCCACUGUCAGUAUACGGGUGGCGUGGGCCACAUGCAUAGCUUGAUGGCCAAAACAAGAGACUACCCCGACCACAUUACACAGGGCCCAGGACUUUGAAGUCUGAAUUCCAUCCUGGCUGAGUUGCCAAAACAACGGUCGCAUAAACGUUCAGGCUUUGUCACGAAAUUACUUCUCGUUAUUUCUCAUAACCUCUUCAACUCUGAGGCACAUUUUACGACGACAACAAAAAAACACCACGCCGUGUGAAUUUUUUCAUAUGGAUAAA